AUGACCUUGAAGGACGAGGAGCGCCAGCCACUGCUUAGUGCGCAACCCGUCCAGAGCGCCACAGAAACGCUGCCGGAAGACGACGAGAAGGCUUCAAGAUGGAGAAGCAUAUUCCCAAAGAUCGAGGUAACGGAUUCUCGCUUUCGGUUCCUGCCACUUAUCGGAUGCCUUACAGUCCUGCUCAACGAGGGAGAGUACUAUUUCAAGCAGAUUGGGUACUUCCGAGCCAUCGAAGCUCUAUACUGUAUAGAAUACUUCCAAAGUCAUGAUCCAGCUGUGGCACACUUGGGCAAAGGCAUUCCGGAGAACAUGUGCAAGCUCGAUUCGAUACAGAAGAAAGUGGCCACCGCGAACGGUAUCGUUAUGCUUGUCCGCAUGACAUCGUCUUUCAUAGGAACUAUGAUUGUAGGGUACCUCGCUGAUAAGUACGGGCGUCGCCUGGCGUUGAUCCUGCAUAAGGUUGGGACAAUCAUCUACACGUUGGUUGUUUGUUCCACAUAUCUUGGCUAUCCAUAUGUCCCGAUAUGGGUAAGCUUCUGCGGCGGUCUAGGAGGCCUCAUAGGUGCCAACUUUGAUCUCAACCUAGCUGUACUUCUGGCAGCAUACAAUGACGCUUUGGUCUCGAGCACGCAAGUCGCUACGUACUUUUUCAUCACUACGUCGAUGCAAUAUGUCGGCCAGGUCUCGUUUCCCCUUCUCGCCGGAAAGGCGAUCAACUUGGACGGGAAGGGAGGCACUUCGGAGCUGUCAUUGUUCACCUCGUUGGGAAUGGCUUUUGCUGGACUCGUGAUCUCGGUGCUGUUCUUCCCCGAGACGAUGAAGAAGCCGGAGCAAGCUGAUAUUCCAGGUGGUGGUGAUACCGACGAGUGCACUAAACGCAAGGGUGUUAGUGCUGUAAUUGCAGCCAAGGCAAAGUCGUUAGGCGAAGGCUUCCAGCAGAGCGUGCAGGGCGUCGGAGCCACAAACGUGAUAUUAUUGCUUGUUGCAAUGUUUCUCGCCACAACUGCCAUCAAAGCUGUCGACUGGCUUGGGUUGAUUCAAUACCCGGUCAUCAAGUUUGGAUGGAAAUACAAUCAGUCUACGUUCGCGAUGGCCUUUCAAGCAGUUGUGUACAUCUUCACCUACUUCGCCUUACUCCCGACAUACAAUAAGCUUGGCGCUCGCUAUGCGCUCUCGCCUUCUUCAACAUCAUUACUGGUCAUGCUGUUGUCAGUAACGCUCUUGAUCGCUGGAUCCAUCUUCCUAGGACUCUCGGCCACACCACCGCACUUCGUCGCGGCGACUUGCAUCUACACCUUGGGCGCUGGGAUGCCUGCUGUGAUGCAAGCGUACAUUGCCAAUCUGGUCCAGAAGAGCUCACUGGGACGACUUCUUGCUAUCGUGUCGCUGUUCCAGGUUGGAGGCAAGAUGGCGGCGAGCGCGUUGGGUCCGAUCAUCAUCAAUGCUGGUAUCGACUCGGGCAAUGACAAUCUGAAGGGGGCUGUCUUCUUCUUUGCAGCUAUCGUGUUCGCAUGUUCUGCAUCCGCCCUCGGGGUAGUGGCACUUAGAGCUGGCGUGACCACGGAUCGAGCUGAGGACAUGGGUGUUGUUGAUGAUAAUGAUGCAUAG